GGGGCGGGAACAUCACUCGGCCUAUUACGGAGUUUUAUUCUCCAACGGAUUUUCACUCCUUGUCUUGUAAAUGUAAGCCAAACGUUAGCUAGAAUACCGGAAAAGUUUGUUGGAAUAACAAUGAACAGUACAUAUGCAAAGGAAAACUGGAAAUAUUUUAAUCUAAAGUAAGUAUUACUAAAUAUUCUAAUGACAAUACUUAGUAAAAAGUUAAAUGCUGCCAUAGCUGGAGUAUCUGAAUUUUUAUACUUUGGAUCACAGGGUUUUGACACAAUAUGAGCAAAUUGGUAAUAUAUAUAAUAUAAUAGUGCCAUAGGUAUGGCACGCCAAAUUCACAAAAAUGAGCUAAACAUAGUUUCACAGUUGAUAAACUAUAGUUUACGGACUGUAAACUACGAUUGUAAACUAGUACGGUUUACAAGUCUGAUAAAUAUAGUAUCACAAUUUGUGAAACUAGGAUUAACAAUUGUGAACUAUAGUUAAUGAAUGUAAAUUAUAGUUUACAAAUGUGAAUCUGUAUUUAUCAACAAAAUCUAUUGUUAACGUUUAUUUAAAGACAGAUAAACUUGGAUUAGCAUUUGUAAACUAUAGUUUACAACCGUUAAAUAUAGUUUUACGGAUGAAAACUAUAGUUAACGAAUCGUUAACUAUAGUUUACAGUUCAUAAACUAUAGUUUACAGUCGAUAAACCUAGUUUAUCAACUGUGAAACUAUGUUUAGCUCAUUUUUGUGAAUUUUGCGUGCCAUAAAUUGGCCCUAUGUAACAGGAAGGGAGAAAAUGCAAUGGACCAGACCGGGAUUCGAACCCAGGCCCCCUGAAAUCUCUAGUCAGGUGCUUUAUUACGGUGCGUGCUAGUUCAGAUCACUCAGAAGUAGGUUGUCAUUCGGAAUGCCUCUAUUUUUUUAACAUCGAGUUCGAUAAUUGAAUUAUUCCACCUCGGUUUUCCCGAAAUCAUGUCACUCAUCGCAGUAAAUUGAGUAAUUUUGUGUAAACAGCUAUUAUUUCCUUCCGAUAUUUCACAAAGCUAUAUGUCUUUUAGUAUUUUUAUUAGACAUAAUAAAAGUAGUAGUAAUAUUUGAAUAUUUACGUUCGUGUUGUCCCUGCAUGUAGAAGAAUGUCUGAGUAUGAGCCGAAAUAUGUUGUUGUCAACAUGGUGGAAGAAGCCGAAAAGCUAGUGACUAAGUUUGAAAUAGACACAGUCACUAAAUUUACAAUAUUUAGCCGAAAUAAAGGAUUUAGUCAUGAUCUGGAUUGCCUUCAAGGUCACAGAGUGCUUUGGGAGGACAAGGGACAAGAGGAGGGUGUUAAAGUACCCUGUAAUGGCACACCAUUCAUUAUUCUUGGUUUUGAUGUCAGAGAAUGUCACUUUGGGCCAGACAGAAAUACAAUGAAAAAGAAGAAGUACCAAAUGGAGAAGACCAUAGAAGCAGACCAAGAUCAUUCUUAUACACAAAAGAGCAGGACUUUGGUACAAAAUACAAAAAAACUUGAUUGCCCUGCCAGAAUUUAUAUGAAAAAGAUAUGCAAAUUUCCGGAUUAUAAGAUCCUUGGCCAUGAUUCUAUCUGGAAGAGAAAAAAACAAGUGCAGAAGUUGAAGAAGGCUCUUUCCACAAAUGAAGAUAUGCUCAGGGAAGAGGAAAUUCACAUUUUUUUCCCAGGAAUUGAGAGCCACAAAAAUCAUUUGACAGGACAGAGAUGGGUAUGGUUAUUCAGAAAGAAUUUGUUCAAUAUUAGAGUGUCUACUACAAAUGGACUUGAGCGCCAACAUCUGAAAUUAAAACAGGACUACCUUUCUCAGACAAGUGACAAAUCAUUGUCAAGCCUAGUGAAUGUUUUAUUUUCACAGGUCUUUCCAGAUAGCUAUAAUCGUUAUAUAGAUUACAAUGCAAGGAGUCUAGAAAGUAUCAAAGCAUAUGCUUCCAUCGUCCCAAGAUUCUUAAAAAACAGACCAAGGCUCCGAUGUUGGUAGAGCAUUACAUGAAGAGAAUUCCUCCUUAUGUGCAGAUGGUCAAUGAGGAAAAUAUAAAACAUGGCUUGAAUGGGAAAUUUCAAGUUAAAAGCUUGAAUUCUGAUAAUGUGUAUGAAGUAGAUCUUUAUGCACAUUAUCCGUGCUGUUCUUGUCCUGACUGGCAAAAACACCAUUUACCAUGUAAACAUAUGCUUCCUAUAUUUCACCACUUUCCUGCCUGGGACUGGGACUUCUUGCCUUCUGACUACAGGGAUGCUCCUCGUUUCAAUUUGGACUUUGAACUCUUAAAUCAGCUCCAAGAAAUGUUGCCAACACAACCACAAUUUCCAGCUGAAUUGGCAACACAACCAGAGCAGUCUACAAAAAUACUGGGAAAGAAAAGGCAAAUCUCAAAAGAGCCAGAAGUGUCACUGCUCACCAAUGACUGGCAAACUUGCAGGGAGCUGAUUAAGGUUAUCCAAAGCAGAGUAAUGAAUUCGUGUGGGCAAGAUUUAAGCAACAUUGUGGAACAGCUACAGCAAGUUGCUGAUGAAUUAAAAGAGAUAGAGCCCAAGGAUGAUGAUCUUCCAGUGAUACAGCCACUAAAACGGAAGAGGGUUUCAGAUCCAAAUAAAUAUGGAAAAAGAAAGAAAACAGUGUCUAGCCUUCCAAAGCAAAGAUCAAAAAGAAAAUUGAGGAAGAAUCAGGACAAGGGUACCAAGAUGAGUGCUACGCAAGAUACGAGUCCAGACAGCAAGACCUGGGAGAAGCAGUUUAACUAUCUGAUGGACAGCGAGCGACGCUUUAAAAAAGCCUGUGAGAAGAUUGUCCACCUCAACAAAAGGAUGCGUAACUUGCAGUUGAGAUAUAAGAAGGCCUGGGUGGAAAACCAUCGUUCAUUCCGGUACAGCAUAAGGCUGCGAAUUAGUGUUGUAGAGGGUCUCCUCAACAUGUACCACGACUAUGCUCUCAUCAAAGCCAACAUUAUUAAAGACCUGCGGCAUGAAAUGUUUGGAGAAGAUGUUCAAAUCAUCACCAGCGACACAUCAGACUCCGAAGAUGAAGACUGAACAGUCGUAGAAGAGAAUAUGAGGGGGGAGUGUUUAUCGGGGGCAGAAAUGGUCCGCUCCGGUUUUUAGCUCACCUGAACCGAAGGUUCAAGUGAGCUUUUCUGAUCGCUUUUUGUCCGUCGUCUGUCUGUCUGUUAAACUUUUCACAUUUUCGACGUCUUCUCCAGAACCACUGGGCCAAUUUCAACCAAACAUGGCCAAAAGCAUCCUUGGGUGAAGGGCUUUCAAGUUUGUUCAAAUGAAGGGCCAUGUCCCUUUCAAAGUGGAGAUAAUCACAAAAAUGCAAAAAUAGGGUGGGGUCAUUUAAAAAUCUUCUUCUCAAGAACCACUGGGCCAGAAGAGCUGAAAUUUACCUGAAAGCUUCCUGACAUAUUGCAGAUUCAAGUUUGUUCAAAUCAUGGCCCCCGGUGGUAGGAUGGGGCCACAAGGGGGGAUCAAAGUUUUACAUACAAAUAUAUAGGAAAAAUCUUUAAAAAUAUUCUUCUCAAGAACCACUGAGCCAGAAAAGCUGAUUUUUACAUGAAAACUUUCUGACAUAGUGCAGAUUCAAGUUUGUUCAAAUCAUGGCCCCCGGGGGUAGGAUGGGGCCACAAGGGGGGAUCAAAGUUUUACAUACAAAUAUAUAGGGAAAAACUUUAAAAAUCUUCUUCUCAAGAACCACUAAGCCAGAAAAGCUGAGAUUUACAUGAAAGCUUCCUGACAUAAUGCAGAUUCAAGUUUGUUCAAAUCAUGGGCUCCGGGGGUUGGAUGGGGCCACAAUAAGGGAUCAAAGUUUUACAUACAAGUAUAUAGGAAAAAUCUUCUUCUCAAGAACUACUGAGCCAGAAAAGCUGAUUUUUACAUGAAAACUUUCUGACAUAGUGCAGAUUCAAGUUUGUUCAAAUCAUGGCCCCCGGGGGUAGGAUGGGGCCACAAGGGGGGAUCAAAGUUUUACAUACAAAUAUAUAGUUAAAAUCUUUUUCUCAAUAACCACUGAGUCAGAAAAGCUGAUAUUUACAAGAAAACUUUCUGACAUAGUGCAGAUUCAAGUUUGUUCAAAUCAUGGCCCCCGGGGGGGGGGGGGGGGGGGGGGUGUCAAAGUUUUACAUACAAAUAUAGGAAAAAGCUUUAAAAAUCUUCUUCUCAAGAACCAUUGGGCCAAAGAAGUUGACAUUUACAUGAAAGCUUUCUGACAUUGUGUAGAUUCAAGUUUGCAAAGGGUAGUUUGGGCCAUAAUAGGGACUAAGGUUUUACAUGCAAAUAUAUAUAUGGAAAGUCUUCAGAUAUGGGCCAAGGUGACUCAGGUGAGCGAUGUGGCCCAUGGGCCUCUUGUUUUUAUGGUCCGCUCCGGUUUCUUUUUUUAUUGUGAUAGGGGGGGGGGGGGGGUGUUUAUUGGGGGCGAAAAUGGUCCGCUCCGUGGUUUUUUUUUAUUGGGAUAGGGCGAGGGGGGAGUGUUUAUCAGGGGUGGAAAUGGUCCGCUCCGUUUUUUUUAAUUUAUUUUACAUUCUUCAGAUUUUGUACAGCUGUUAUGAAAGCAUUUUAGAUGUACAUGUGUGUGAUCAGACAUUCUUUGAAAUAUUUGCCUGUGCAGGAUGUAGUUGGAACUUCAUCAUUUAAUAUGUCAUAUUCCAGUAUAUAAUAAUAUAGAUAAAAACAUUGAGCAAAUCUGA